AUGGAAUCACCCGACUUAAUGGACUCCCUUAAUUCCCUGCAGAGUAUGAUCAAUCUCGUUGCAAAAACUGGAAAAUCUUUCCGCUCUUUCAAUACAAGCGAUUCUAAGUCUAGAUUCGCUGCUCACACAAAGGUAUGCAACAGCUUACCAAAUGCCAUUGAAAAAUUUCACUUAGCUGUAGAUGUUCUAGAGUGUGAAAUUCUCCAAUCGAAGGCAGCCCUACUGGACGAACUUGGAUCACUCAAAUUAAAACAACAAACUUAUGAAAAUUCAUGCAUCGUAGAUAACACCAAUAAAUCCACAGCUGACGGCCUCAAUGGGAGUAUACUGGAUGGCGAUACGACUAACCCGGAAAAAGAAAAUAUUGCCUCUAUGGCACAGGCUUCUCCAAAGGUUCCAUACUCUGAGCCAUUAGAGUUGACGGCUACAGAACCAGCUCAGAUUUUUCACGACAGAAAUGAUGACCCCCCAGCUGUAAUAGACUCGCCAUCGCAAUGCUCAAAAAGCCAGGUACUUAAAGUGGAAAAUCACAGUAUCAACCUUGAACUAAAAAAUGAAGAGCCGAUGGCUCUGUCUUUAAAAACAGAUACCUUUCAAGAAAUUUCUAUGGAUUCCCUUUUUGGAAUAUCACCACAAGAAGUAAUAAACAUAAUAUCAGACUCAGGUCCCGAAGAAAUGGUCAUUGACCCGAAACCUCUUGCUGCUGUAACACAAAUUAAAAAUCCCUCGUACAAUAAGAAUUCUAGUUUUGGUCACUCAAAUCUUGAACCAAUACCGCAAUUUUUUGACAUGGCAAAUUUUCACACAACGGCUGACUCAAGUAAAUCUAUUACUAAUGGGAAUGAACAGGUCUUGCUUCAUGAUCAAAAUAUGAACAUUUCAACACAAAAUUUGCCCCCCGAUAUGAAUGGAAUGACUACCCCUGACGACAAUCUAUUUGACGACCUAUUUUUUGGAGACGACACUGAGGACAUAAAUGGAAUCUAA